GAUUCAAAGCCGUACAAAACUGAACACGGUAGCCCAUGCUGAAUGCAUCGUGGCCAGCCUACACUAGAAGCAAGACCGCAACGAGAACAGAAUGCAAGGGGCCAGACAUACUACAAUGCCUGCUGUCGCUGCUUUUUUCAUGGCUCUGAUGGUUUCCUGCUUCGCUUCUCCAUAUGAAGAAUGCCUAGAGCACCAGCUCGUACCCGAUGCUGCCAUCAACAAUGCCGUCCUUGCACUCACAAAGGGCGAACACUCGACCGAUGGCUCUGUGUUUGAGAAAUGGAGCUCGGGCCCUCUCGUCGUGAACGUGACAUCAUGGCACUCCAACAUAGAGAACACUUUACAACCAUUCACGCGAUCCUGUGAAGGAGGAGACGCCACGGUAGAUGCAGAGUUUGAGGUCAGCUGGGUCGUGAGUGCACAGUUCGCUGUCGGUGAAGAAGAGGAUGUAUUGGGCGCUGUUGACGUUGUUUUCAGGCAAGCGGUGGCGAAGGUGCGGUUCCAGUUGAGCAUGUUUUCUGCAAACGAAACAUUCACGCUGCACCCACUGGCUGCGCGGGCGACGUGGCCAGGAACUGUCUCAGCGAGCGUUUACAGCGUCGCUCAUGGAUAUUACGGGGGACCCGUGGACAUUCUCGCCAGCCUGUUGGCUAAAUUCUACGCGUUUGAGAUACUGAGCUGGAACUCGGCGCGUUCCGUCAUUACAAGGCUUUUCGUAGACAGAGCAAAUGAAAUGGGCCCUUUUUAUGUAGAGUUUUAGCAGAUUUCUUUUUAUCAUAUCCCCUUCAGGUGACAAUUCUCAACACUGAAACUAUAGUUUCACCCCAUGUCUUGUAACUAAG